CCCUUUCGCUUUACUAGCCCAUCGUCACUCUGUUCUGAAAACGGAGCUUCCAUCAAUGGCGACUUCUUCUUCUCCUUCAUUUACGUCUACUCUAAUAAAUUCUUCGCCAUUUUGCCCGAAAUCCUUCUCCAAAUUUCAAUCUUUACCCUUCCUCUCUUUUGCUCAUAAACUGAAGUCUUUUCCCGUUACGAACUCGAAAACUGUUCUUCUCCAAGGGAAGCCAGGAUGCCUGACCGUCAAGGCACAAACUCUAGAUUUCUCUGGUUCUUUUUAUGAAGGCGGCGGGUUCGGGUCGGACGAAGACCCGCCACCGUUAAGUGGGUCAGUGAUGACUGCUGUCGAGGACAAGGAACCGCCCCCAUGCCCUCCGGGGCUCCGACAAUAUGAGACCAUGGCGGUUUUGAGGCCGGAUAUGUCUGAAGAUGAACGACUUGCUCUUACCCAGAAGUACGAGGAGUUGCUCGUUGCUGGGGGUGGCAUGUAUGUGGAGGUAUUCAACCGAGGCGUCAUUCCUCUAGCCUACAGCAUCAGGAAGAAAAACAAAGCAGGAGAGACUAAUACUUAUUUGGAUGGUAUCUACCUCCUUUUCACCUACUUCACAAAACCUGAAUCCAUUGCAAUCCUUGAAGCCACAUUAAAUACAGAUGAUGAUGUUAUCCGAUCAUCCACUUUCAAAGUAAGAAAGAGGAAGUAUUAGAAUUGGUUAUAUGCUAUCUUUUGUGCAGUCCUGAGAGGAAAAUUUGCAGUGGCUGUGUAGUCUUGUAUGUUAUGGAUCUUUAUUCUUCCAAAAUCAUUGAAAAUUUAAUUUGUUUUUCUGACAAAAUCAGAUCAGCAAUGAUGCUAUUGUAUUACUGGAGAGUGUGAUGAGGCUUGAAAUAAUAGGAUCUAAUGACACAUGAUAAA